AUGUGGAUGGUGGAGCUGGUGUUCCUGGUGGAUGCCUCGUCCAGCGUCGGUGAGCAGAACUUCGCCAGCGAGCUGCGGUUCGUCAAGAAGCUGCUCGCGGACUUCACGGUGUCCGUCAACGACACCAGGGUCGCUGUCAUCACGUACGCUUCCAAGGACCAAGUGACGGUGAACGUGGACCACAUCUCGGCGGCCUCCGAGGCCAACCACAAGUGCAGCCUGCUGCAGGAGCAGCUGCCCUCCGUGCGGUACUCGGGGGGCGGCACCUACACUCUGGGGGCGCUGCUGCAGGCCCAGGCGGUGCUGGCGGGCGCUCGACCGACCGCGCGCCGCGCCGUGUUCCUCGUCACGGACGGCUUCUCGAACGGCGGCGACCCCCGGCCGGCGGCGCGGCGGCUGCGCGACUCCGGCGCGGCGGUGUUCACCUUCGGCGUGCGCAGCGGCAACACGCGCGAGCUGCGCGACAUGGCGACGCCGCCGGCCGCGCUGCACUCCUUCCUGCUGGAUGGCUUCGGCGAGUUCGCCGCCCUGGCGCGGCGCGCUCUCCACCAAGACCUGAAGCCUGGGAGGUACGUGCCCCUGGGGGACAGCUCGCCGUGCGACCGGCUGUGCGUGGAGAAGCGCGACUGCUGCGACGCCACGGCCAGCUGCAGCUGUGGCGUGGACUCGGGCCACUACGCCUGCGUCUGCCCACCGGGCCACUUCGGCUCCGGCCUGGCCCGCUCCUGCAAGGCGUGCCCCAACGGCACGUACUCGGACGGCUCCGUGCCCGGGGACGAGAGCGUCUGCCUGCCGUGUCCCGAUGCCAACCACGUGACUCUUUCGCCCGCCACCAGUCAGCAGCAGUGUCGCUGCAAGGAGGGGUUCGUGGCUCACGGCAAUCGCUGUGAAGUGAUCACGUGCCCCGAGCUGUCGCCCCCGCGCCACGGCUUCUUCGUGAAGGGGUCGUGCGGGAACGUGCUGAACGCGGCGUGCGGGGCGCGCUGCCGUGUGGGCUACCGCCUGGCCGGCUCCAGCAUCCGGCUGUGCCAGCACGACGGGACGUGGUCUGGCGAGGACGCCCAGUGUAUCGUGAAGAAGUGCCCGCCGCCGGUCCUGCCGCCCAACGGCAACAUGUCGUGCUCGGACCCGGACCUCGUGGUGGACACGGAGUGCCGGUUCGCCUGCAGCCCGGGCCACCUGCUUGUCGGCUCCAAGUCCAGGAGCUGCCUGCCGCUCUCCCGCUGGGACGGCCUGCAGACCAUAUGCAAGCCCCUGCAGUGCCCCGCCCUGCCACAGCUGGCCCACGGUGCGGUGUCGCCGGCGGCGUGCACGGCGGGAAAGCAGGCGUACGGCGCGGUGUGCAGCGCGACCUGCCGGCAGGGCUACCAACUGAAGGGCCCGCCCAGCAGGACCUGCGGGGGCAGGGCGGGCGUGUGGAGCGGCAAGAGCUCCAACAACCGGUGUGUCGACGCCACGCCGCCGGAGCUUCGCUGCCCCGGGGACAUCGUGGUGGGCAACGACCCGGGCGAGGAUCACGCCACGGUCAGCUGGUCCGUGCCGAACGCUACAGAUAAUUCUGGUCACAAGCCAGUGGUUUGGAGUAAGCCAUCAGUGGUACCGCCUUUGAAAAUGAAGAUUGGUACCACCGUCAUUACGUACACAGCCAGCGAUUCUUCUAAAAACAAGGCCAAGUGCAACUUUACGGUCACAGUCAAAGACAGGGAGCCGCCAGCGGUGGACCAGUGCGAGGAGCCGCCCCCGUUCCUGACGGACUCAGCGCCCACCGAGCUCGCCUGGGACGAGCCGCAGUUCCACGACAACUCGGGCGAGCCCGUUAAGAUUCGUCGCUCACCAGAAGGCGAUCUGUUUGACUUCGGAAGCACACUUGUUACUUACACAGUAUCUGACGAUGCCGGGAACAACUCCACUUGCUCCUUCAACGUUACAGUAGAAGAGAACGUGUGCAAGUCGCCUCCCGACCUCAUCAACGGCCACGCCAACUGCUCCUCCAGCCCGGAUUUCCUGCACUGCACGCUCACCUGCCAGGAGGGCUACGCCGUGGCCGUGCAGCCGCGCGACUUCUUCUGCACGUACGACGAGGCGGGACUCGUGCUGGCCCCCGACCUGGAGGUGGAUCCCUUCCCGGACUGCUCAGUGACUGUUCUGCCCAACUCAAUCUCACAAGACAGCGUCGUCACUCUGUCUGGAGAAGAGACAUUGUGCGAGGACCCAGGUUUCCUGAGUCAGCUGGAGCCGGCCAUGAAGGAGAACAUUGCGGAGAAGCUCCAGCAGAUAUGCGGCAGCUCCGAGCUGGUGUGCCAGGUGGGCGACAUGAAGGCAGCCUGCGACCAGAUCCUGUCUUCGAUAGAGGAGGAGUCCAACGCCAUUCCGAGGAGACGUCGUCGGGCCGUAGGUGCAGGCCCAGCCGUUGUCGUAGACACAGCUGAGUCCAAUAUCAGCGUUACCUUCCAAAUCAAAGGGACGGCCUCGAAGAGCCAGGACGCGGGCCGGAUGCUGGUGAACGGGAUCCGCCACGUGAAGGAGGCGCUGGGCCCGGCGCUGGCCCGGUCCGGCUCGCUGCAAGUUGGCCCCCGCAAGAGGCGGCUCCGGGUGCGCCACUUCAGGACCGUGGGGGAGCCCCGCGUCUCCUGCGGCCUGGGCUCCGUCUUCCGGCGGCACAAGUGCGUGAAGUGCCCAAUGGGAACCCACCACAACGUGACGUCCGACUCCUGCGAGCCCUGUGGGAUCGGCGAGUACCAGCCGAUGGAAGGGGAGGCGGCGUGCGUCCCUUGUCCCGCCGGCUCCUCCAGCAGGAAGAUCAACGCCAAGAACAUCCGGGACUGCCGCGCACUCUGUCCCCCGGGGUGCUACGGCCGCAAGAAGAGGCUCUCUCUGGACGUCCCGGGCAUAAAGCCGUGUGCCUCGUGCCAGCUGGGGAGCUACCAGACGCUGCACGGCCAGGUCGCCUGCCUUCCGUGUCCCGAGAACACCACCACGCUCAGGAGAGGUGCCAAGGCGCACAGCGAUUGCAAGGAGAGGUGCCCGCCCGACAGCGCCUCGGCGACGGGGCUGGCGCCCUGCCUGGCUUGCCCCCCUGGCCACCGCCAGCCCGCGGCGGGGCAGAGGACCUGCGAGGACGCGGCCGGCCGCCGGGUGCCCUUCAGCCCGUGCUUCUCGUCGCCCUGCCAGCGCGGGGGGACCUGCCGCGCGCUCGGCCGCCAGCUCUUCGCCUGCGACUGCCCUGACGGAUACCAGGGUUCGUUGUGUGAGGAAGAAGUGGACAGCUGCGAGUCUUCUCCGUGCCUGCACGGGGGAACGUGCUCCAGCCAUGGCCCGAGCUACACCUGCUCCUGUCCGCCCGGGUUCACGGGGCUCUCGUGUGAGACUGAUGUAGACGAGUGUGAAUCCAGUCCAUGCCUCAACGGAGGUUCCUGCGUGGACUCCCUAAACGAAUACGUCUGCUUAUGUGCUGACGGCUUUCAAGGCGACCGGUGCGAGGAGGACACGGACGAGUGUGCGGCGCUGCCGUGCAUGAACGAGGGGCUGUGCGUGGACGGAGUGGCCACGUACUCGUGCGAGUGCCUGCCGGGCUUCGCGGGCGCGCACUGCGAGGAGGAGUGGGCGGACCCCUGCGAGGUGCAGCCGUGCGACAAUGGCGGCUCUUGCAUCAGCGGCUACGCCAACUACAGCUGCGAGUGCCCGGCCGGCUACUCUGGUCCGCGCUGCGAGGUGGACGUGGACGACUGCCUGUCGCAGCCGUGCCGGCACGGCGGCCAGUGCCAAGACCUGCCCGCGGGGUUCCGCUGCCUGUGCGACCCCCCGCACUCCGGGACGCUGUGCGAGAGAGAAAUUGACACCAAAGUGGUCCUACGCUUCCCAUCUUCAAGUACAACAGACUAUACAAUCCUGACGGGCCCAAAGACGUCUUUAAACCAGGUGACACUCUGUCUUUGGUUGAGAUCGGCAGACCAGUUCAACUAUGGCACCAUCUUCUCGUACGCUACCAAGCAUCAGGAUAACAGUUUUACCCUCACCGAUUAUAAUGGGUUUGUGCUGUAUGUGAACGGGCAGCGAGUGAUCACGGACAUCGCCGCCAACGACGGCUGGUGGCACUUUGUGUGUGUGUGCUGGGACUCUGCGCUGGGCGACUGGGCGCUCUACAUGGACGGCUUCCUGGGCGACUGGGGGUCCGGCCUGGCCAACGGCACCGCCAUCCCGGCGAACGGCACGCUGGUGCUGGGCCAGGAGCAGGACCGGCCCGGCGGGGGCUUCAGCGAGGCAGAGUCCUUCACUGGCCUGAUGGCGAGCGUGUCGCUGUGGGACCGCGCGCUCGGGCCCGGCCGCGUCGGCGAGCUGGCCUCCGACUGCCCGGCCACGGACGGGGGGAGCGUGCUCUCCUGGGCCCACUUCCUCUCCGGCCUCACCGGCAACUUGCAGGUGGAGAACUCGUCGUUCUGCUCGGACUGCCCGGCGCCUGGCGCCCCCGCGCGCGGCUCCGUGGCCGUGCAGGGCGGCGCGGCCGUGUACCGCUGCGACGAGGGCUUCUCGCUGCUGUGGGAGGGGGAGCAGGUGGCCGAGCUGCGACGCAGGUGCCUCAAGCAGGGCGCCUGGGAGGGGGAGGAGCCCGUCUGCCGCCGCGUGAGCUGCGGCUUCCCCGGCUACAUCGCGCACGGCUUUGUGCGGGGGCGCUCCUACCUGCACGGCGACGCGGUGCAGUACCGCUGCCGCGCAGGGUACACGCUCGUCGGCAGCGCGGUGCGUGUGUGCGGGGCGAAUGGCCGGUGGAGCGAUGUCGCGCCCAAGUGCCAGGGGAAGACCUGCGGCGCGCUCCGCGCCCCUGCCGGUGGCCGGCUCCAGCUGCUGGGGGACGACCAGGAGUCAGUGCCGCAGUACGGCCACCAGGCGGAGGUGUGGUGCGACGCGGGCUACCGCCUGCUGGGGCCCUCGCUGCUCAGCUGCCUGAGGAGCGGCCACUGGGACUACCCCGUGCCCGCCUGCCAGCCCACCAUGUGCCGGGACCCCCCCAGUAUCAUACAUGGAUUUAUCGUGGCUGACAACGCCAGCAGUCAGAGUGGAGACCAUAACAAGACUGCCAGUAAGCUGUACGAGGUCAGGCAGACUGCACAGUACGGCUGUGAUGAGGGCUACCGGCUGGAAGAGGCAGACACCCCUCUCGUGUGCCGGAGGCUGGGCGUGUGGGGCGGAGCGCCACCCGCAUGCUCCCCGGUGCUCUGCCCCGCACUGCCCGAGCUGCGGGACGGCUUCGCGAUGCUCCUGCGCCCCUCGGAGGACAACGCCACCGCGACGGCGGACCGAGCGUUCGGGGCUGCGGUGGAGCUGAGCUGCAACGAAGGGUUCACGCUAGAGGGUGCCGACGUGCUCGAGUGCCUCGCCUCGGGUGAGUGGUCCUCUCCCACCCCAUCGUGCACUCCUAGGCUCUGCCCCGAGCUGCCCGAGCUGCACGGCGGUAACAUAAUGUUGCUAUGGCCCUUCGAGCACAACGCCACCACGAUGACGGCCCACGCAUUUGGUGCCAAGUUGGAGCUGGGCUGCUCCGAAGGGUUCGUCAUAAAUGGUGCUGUCACCCUUGAGUGCCUGGCUUCGGGGGAUUGGUCUGCCCCCACCCCGUCUUGCGUGCCUAGGCUCUGCCCCAUGCUGUCCGAGCCACACAGCGGCUUCCUAAGGGUGUUGCGGGCCCCGGAGGAUAAUACCACCGAGAUGGCGAACCACGCAUUCGGUGCCGUGGUCCAGCUGGGCUGUGACGAAGGGUUCACCCUGGAAGGCGCCGACACACUCGAGUGCCUGGCCUCGGGCGAGUGGUCUGCCCCCGCCCCGUCCUGCGUGCCCGUGCUCUGUCCCGCUCUGCCCAAGCUAGCCGACGGCCACACGAAGCCACUACAGUCCUCCGAGGGCAACACCAGCACGGAGGCAGCGGAUUCGGCGGUCAGCGCCGUGGUGGAGAUGGGCUGCGACGAAGGGUUCGUCCUGGAGGGCGCCGACACCCUGCAGUGCCUGGCGUCGGGAGAGUGGUCCGCCCCUGCCCCGGCGUGCACGCCCGUCACCUGCGACCCCGCCCAGCUUCCCGCCCGCGCCGACGACGCGAGCUACGUGAUCGACGUCGUCGGCAACAGGGUGGGCAGCGCUGCGGUGCUCGCCUGCCGUGCCGGGCUCCAGCUGGCGGAGCGGUUCGGCAAACCGGCGGACGGGCACGUCACCUGGACGUGCGGCCCCGGCGGCUCCUGGGAGCUGAGCAACUCCACGGACACCGCGGCUUUCGACUCCGACGAGCCCGUUUGCGAGGAGGAGAUUCUGGGGUGCCCGAGGCCUAAGGUCCCGGACAACGCGUACCUGCUCAAGGAGCUGCCGCCGACGCAGGAUAUCCUCGCCAUCGGAGCCACGGUGGCUGUGAAGUGCCGCCUGGGCUACCGGCCGGCCGGCACCAACCAGUGGGUGUGCGGGCGCGACGGCCGCUGGACGGGCGUGAACACAACGUGCAGCCCGGUGCCGUGCCCGGCGCCCGUCACGCCUGCCCACGCGCUGCCCGCCGCCGCCGGCGACACGGGCUUCGUGUACGGCAACAUGGUGGGCCACGAGUGCGCCCCCGGCUACAAGCCGUACGGCGACAUGACGUCGCGCUGCCAGGCCAGCGGCAAGUGGUCCCGCGUGCGCGGCCGCUGCUCCCGUCUGUCUUGCAACAAACCAGCGUUGGGAUCUGGAGCCAGCAUACUCGGCCGCUCGUACCUCUUCAUGGACAAAGUGACAAUCAAGUGUCCUACAGGCACGAGGCUGGUGGGGGAGGCGGUGCUGACGUGUCAGAGCAACGGCAAGUGGAGCAGCAAGCCGAGCUGCGAGGCUGUGUGAGCAUCGCGCUGGUCCAGCACAUUCGCAUUGCGGUCCAGCACCCAGACGCAGUCGUCACUUUUGAACUGGUGUGUGUGUGUGUGUGUGUGUCUGCCAUAAGUUUUAAUGUGUAUCUACCAAAGAUCAAACUAAAAAACUUCUCUUUUAUACAACAGAA